UAAAAUUAAUAAUUACAAUAUUUAAAUGGAGGAAAGGACACAAACCGAGUAUCUAAGCAUUCCUUCUUUAUUUUUUAUUUUUAAUUGUUGACUAAUCUCACAUAUAAUACUCGUAUUUAGCAUUUUUGACCCAUCCACCCACCCACCCAAAAGAAUCCAAACACACUAUUACAAAAAAAAACAAAACAUUAUUACAUUCCAACCAAAUCAACUAUAAGAUGCGUACCUUCCUAAACUUUGUUCCCUCUUUCCCGUUGACUCUCUCCAGUCUCCACCACCUUCUUCCUCUAAUUCUCCAUCCUCUCCUCCUCCUCUCCACAAUUCCCAACCCCAUUCCACCACCAAUCCCGUGGUCUCGUAUCGUUUAAAAAAAAAAAACGAGAGAGUCUGACCACAUACAAGCCCAACACGACAUUAUUAUUCCAUCAACUAAUAAUAAACAACACAAAACAUGCCUCUAUUAGUAGAUUGCUCAAAUUGCAAGACACCCCUCCAACCCCCGCCCGGCGCUAAUUCAAUCCGCUGCGCCAUUUGCCACGCAAUCACUCGCAUCCACCAUGAUCCUCGCGCGCUCCCACCCGGUCUGCCCCCGCCACAUUCCUACUACCCUCCGCCGCACCACGCCCCUGUUGUGCCACCUUCUUCCUACCACGGAGCUCUUACGCCGCCGUCUAUUGCCGGGCGGAAGAAGGCGGUGAUUAUUGGGAUUACAUACAGGAAUUCAAGAUAUGAGCUUAAGGGUUGUAUUAAUGAUGCUAAGUGUAUGAAGUUUUUGCUUAUGAAUCGGUUUAAAUUCCCUGAAACUGAGAUUCUUAUGCUUACUGAAGAUGAGAGGGAUCCGUACAGAGUUCCUACCAAGCAAAAUAUCAGAAUGGCAAUGGCUUGGCUUGUAGCAGGAUGUCGUGCAGGUGACUCACUAGUAUUUCACUUUUCCGGGCAUGGUUCACAACAGCGGAACUACAAUGGAGAUGAAGUGGAUGUCUAUGAUGAGACCCUCUGUCCCCUGGACUUUGUUACCAAAGGGAUGAUCGUAGAUGAUGAGAUUAAUGACACAAUUGUUAAGCCUCUUCCUCCUGGUGCUAAGCUCCAUGCUAUUAUUGAUGCUUGCCAUAGUGGCACUAUGUUGGACCUACCAUUUCUUUGCAGGAUGAAUGGGAGUGGGCAGUAUGUGUGGGAAGACCAUCGCCCUAGGUCAGGUAGAUGGAAAGGUACUAGUGGUGGAGAGGUUUUCUCCUUCAGUGGCUGUGACGAUGAUCAAACAUCUGCUGAUACAUCGGCAUUAUCAAAGGUGACUUCAACUGGAGCUAUGACUUACUGUUUCAUUCAGGCGAUUGAGAGAGGACAUGCAAGUACCUAUGGGAUCAUGCUUAAUGCUAUGCGAGAUGCAAUCCGCAAGACUGAUACUUCACCUGGAGGUGGUGUUGUUACAUCUCUUCUUACCAUGCUUUUGACUGGAGGAAGUGGUGCUGGAUUGAGACAGGAACCACAGUUGUCGUCAAAUGAAGGAUUUGAUGUAUACAGGAAGCCAUUUUCACUAUAAUAAUUAUGCAGUGUUUGUACCAUUGUUUACAAGCAUAGCCUGUAAUGUUGUAAUAUGUCAUGUUGUAAUAUAUUUGUAGCCAAUUUUUUUUUCGCAAUGCAUUGGAAAUUUGAAUUAUUAAUGGAUGUACAAUGCAUUGGAAAUUUGGAAUUAUCAAUGGAUAAUCAACAAUGGCUCAAUUAGCUUAUGUAUUUGUUA